AUGACGCAUGAGCCAGAAAAUCUCACCUCUAAUCGAAAACGUACUUUCAAGCCAAAAGUUCGGACUGGCUGCAUCACCUGCAAGUGUCUACGUACCGGACGAAAAUGCGAUGGCUAUGAACUGUCUAAACCCUCAGUUGUGGUACCCAAGGCACUGGCCCCGGCUCCCGCGGUCGAAUCAUCUAUAGAAGCCCGGGCCCUGGAGCUCUUCUUCCACAAAACAGCAUCACAGCUAGCAGGUUCUUUCGAGGGCGCAUUUUUCCAGGGCAGUGUCGCCCAGUCGAGCCUCGUGGAGCCUACUAUCCGGCACGCCAUUGCGGCGAUUGCAAUUCUCCACGAAGAGAUGUCGUCGCAUUCAGCGGGACGAGACUGGGAUCGUAACGGCCCAGAUGUGCCGAUUCAAUUCUAUAACAAAGCCAUCCGAGCUUUGCUUCAAAAGUUUAGAACAGAGCAAACCUCGAUUUCUUUGACGUCGAUGGCAAACAUAUUGUUCACCUGUUUCGAGUACUUUCAGGGGAACUUGAUCACAGCCAGAUCUCACGUCAAAAGUGGAAUCAAGCUUUUGGAAUCUUGGCGAGAUAAGACGAGGAUGCUCGACGAUAAACCAUGGGGUCAGAAGUAUGACUCCUUUGAAUCAUAUUUUAUGGAAACUGAAAUUGCACCGAUUCUCAGUGUCUUUCGGAUCAAUAUUUUGGAUAAGGAAGAUGCAAGAGAUAGCGCCUUCUUCCUGAAUCCGGUUGAUAAGAACGGCGAUGUUGUGCUUGGCGAUCGAUUUGAGAAUAUACAACAGGCUAGAGUCGGCUUGUUAGAUGUGAUGACGUUGGCGAGUUGGUGGUUCCCCACGACUGGCGAGCAUGCCCCUAAUCCGCACCAGGUUGAUGAAAGGGUCGACCUGAAAGUGAAUAAUACAGACGAGAUUGUUUCUCAAUGGGAGGCCAACUUUGACGACCUGGUUUCCCGACGAAUUUCCUUAUGGCCAGCCAAAGAAAGACAAGCCGCGAAUGUCAUCCGCAUUAUCAAAAUGGCCGAAACAUUGGCUGCCCGUAACUACAUGGCUGAUAACGAGUGCUCAUGGGAUGACGCACGAUCCGAGUACGAAGAAAUGCUAUCAAUAGCCGACGCUCUCAUUUCCGAUCACAGCCGCUUCCCAGAUGAUGGAUUUCGACUCUUAAGUUUGGAUUUCGGCAUGCUCUUCUGUUUCCACCUAUUAGCCUGGAAAUGCCGAUGGCCUUCUCUUCGUCGUUGGGGGCUGUCGUUAUUGCGGAAAGUCCCUAAGCGCGAGUGGCUAUUAGAUGCGAAACAUUAUCACGGUAUCUUCUCUCGCAUAUUGGAGAUUGAGGAGGCGCAUCUUGGUGCUUCUUUGGACGAAAUCCUUCAGAAAGACUUGGUUCCUCCGGAAUAUGCUCGAAUCUGUGAUUUUACGGUGAUAGCUCAGCCUUGCUCGUUUCUCUCCUCCCCCAUUUCCUCAUCCUCUUCUUCACCAAGAGGAUCCGCUUCUUUCGCUGUGACGUUUUGGAGUAAGCCUAUGGGUCUUGAUGGUCCGGUAUCCAGCGUCACGGAGUAUAUACAGUUAGAAUCUUCUCAAUCAGGCGAAACAGCUGUCCCGUCAAGUUUGAUUGCACAGCACUACUCGCGACUGCAAGAGGCAAGGGGAUAA